AUGCCGAAGGAAAUCAAAGAGAUCAAGGACUUUCUCCUGACGGCGCGCCGCAAGGACGCCAAGUCGGUGAAGAUCAAGAAGAACAAGGACAAUGUGACCAAGUUCAAGGUCCGCUGCAGCCGAUACCUCUACACGUUGGUGAUCAAUGAUCGCGAAAAGGCCGAAAAGCUGAAGCAGUCGCUGCCUCCUGGUCUUCAAGUGAAGGAAAUCUAA